UGAAAAUUGAACUGUUGUUUGGAAUUAAUGUGAUAUUGUGUAUUUACUACUAACAGUGACUUGCGGAAAACAUUCGAGUUGAUGGGAAAUAUGGAACCUGACACAAAAUACUCGAGAUUUAUGUUUCAUCUCAAAUUUUCUCAGACUGAUGAAUACCUCCAUGAGCAUGAACUUUAUGAAGUCAUGAGAUCUAGAAACUUGUAUCAAACACAGUUUGGUGUACGAUCGAAUUUCAAGAAAAUUAUGCGAAAUUUGUACAAAGAUGAAAAGCAAACGAAAUAUGGAUUUGAAAACACGAGAAAAAUGUUUGUUCAGAAGAUGCGAGAACGACGGGAACAGAUAGAUAAAUUGCGUCAAAGUACUAGCAAUAAAUUGAAUAGUCUUUCCAUGCUGCAAGAAAAUGAAAAGAAAACGGCUGAACGCCAGUAUGUUCCAGUACCUCAGGCAACAUUUGUUUAUACAGGCCUACCACCCAUCGAGACAACGGCGGAAGAAGUGAAUUUCAUACCUCUGUCGUCCCAAAACAAAACUGAUAAACGCGAUGAUGCAACUAUACUGCCGCCUGCCCCUUCGCCGAGUAUGGUGGCGACUGUAUAUGCCGAUGACAGAAGAUCAAAUAAAUCGAAUGACAAUUCAAAAGACCACGAACUUCCGACAGAACGGUUAUUCACAUCUAAUGUAUUAGUUGUAGGUAUGACAGGACCUCAGACCGUAGCUAAGAAAGCAAUAAGACAAUCUAAAAAGGCGCUUAGCGAUAGUGAAACAGUUAAACAAAUGAUUGAAAAUGACGAUCUCGGAAGUCAAUUUUAUGGAUUAAACAUUGAAAACAAGGAACAGGAUGAUGACAAUUGGAAUAGUGAAACUGUAUUUGAGCAAAAGACAAAGUUAGGGGAAGGAGAAGCUCAGGUCUCGACUGCCUGUUUGACGAAACAUUUACCAACUCAUUUUGCGCUAAAGAAGACGAAAGCUAUGCCAUCAGAAUCAAAAGUGCAAUUUUGGGCUGAACAACACGGCAAACUUGAGAGUGAAGAUGAUAUAAGAAAAGAAGCUGACUUUCACAGGUUGUUGAUUGAUCGACCGUCAAAAUGGGCAGUUAACCCUUAUCAUGAUGGUAUUACACAAUCAAAAAUUCUUGACAUGAGGUUACAAUAUUCAGAAAAAGAUAAUAAAAGAAGUUUUAAAAGAAAGUCUCGACAACUGGAUGAUUUGACACAAAAACAUUUCUUCAAACAAAGGCUAUCCCUUCCAGAACUAAAUACGACGCCGAAACCAAUGGUCUCUCUCGAUCCAGGUGGCACAACGCCAGACGGGAGGCUUAUUCUUACAAAAGCAGAUUACGAGGAUUAUCUGUCGGAUUAUAAGAAAGCUAGGAGCUUGCGGCUCGAGAGGUCAAAGAAGCGCAACUUAAUCUUGCAAAGAAGAAUUGAAGAAUUUAUCCUUGAGCCAAAAUUAUGCUUAAAGGAUGACACGGCUCUGCGAGCAUCAUUCAACACAAUUUAAGAAUACUUAAUUGCGAUUUGUGAUUUUAUGUGUUAUGCUACAAACUAUGGUGACAUAAUUGAUGCGAGAGACACUUCAAAUGCCCUUUUAAUUGACAUUGAGGAAAUAAACAAAUGAGCCGCACCAUGACAAAACCAACAUAGUGCGUUUGCGACCAGCAUGGAUCAAGACAAGCCUGCGCAUCCACGCAGUCUGAUCAGGAUCAGUUUCUCUUCUUGUUGUAGGGUUUGUAAGCGAACAACAUGGAUCUUGAUCAGACUGCGCGGAUGUACAGGCUGGUCUGGAUCCAUGCUGGUUCCAAACGCACUAUGUUGGUUUUGUCAUGGCGCGGCUCAUUAAUCUAUUGAUAUCUAAAUGCUACUGGAAAAGAGACCUCUGGUACAACUCUGUCUCUAUACUCGCCCAUGGUAUAAAUUUUUCGUUUUUUUACCCAUACUGUUAUUCCAAAUCUUCUCUAUGUAAAGUUCCAUUUGUUUUCUAAAUGCGUCUGACUUUGUAUUAAGA